CAUCGCAGAUCAGAUUUCAUCGGCGAAAAUCUAUACAUUCACAGUUGUAUUUGUAUUCAUAUUUUGUAUAUACACAAUUAGGGUAGAAUAUGUCUGGUAAUCAAGAAAGCCAAGCGUUCAUGACCGCUAAUAACUCACCGAUAGGAGACGAAGAAGAGGCGGGAUCUCCGACGGUGUGCGGCUGUUUCAGGCUGUUCUGUCUCCGCUCCGGCGAGGGAACCACCAGGGCGCUGAUCGGCGGCGAGAGUGGCGCUGGGAGGGAGCCAUGGUGGCAGGGAAAGGCGAAGAAGAUGAGGGAGUUAUCGGAGGUCGUGGCGGGGCCGAGAUGGAAGAAUUUGUUGAGGAAAAUUGGGAGAUAUUGUAACCCUAAGUUGAAGGGCGGUUAUAAGGGUCAGUUUAUUUACGACGCGCAGAGCUAUGCGCUCAACUUCGAUAACGGCACGGCGGCGACGGCGGCAGAGGAAGAUGAUGGGCUUUUGCGUAAUUUCUCGUCUAGGUAUGCUGCCCCCGCUGUUGGUCAACAGAGGAAAGUGGGAUUGUGAUGGGGGUAGAUUUGUCAUCACGGCUCGGAUUUUUUUGGGUGUAAUUAUUAUUGUCACGAAUUAUAAUUUGAUUCAAGAAAUUCAUAAAGGAAUUUCACAAAUUUUCUCCGUGAUAUGAAUGAAAGUUUGUACAAUUUGGUUUGCAUUCAAUAGUUACAUUAAAUUUUAAUUUAUUGGGUUUCA